GUUGUGUCUGAAUCAUGUACAUAUAUAUAUAUACUAAAUGCAACAUUUAAUCGUGUUUAAAUAGUGUGUGUGUGAUCAUUCUCUCACCGGACUUUCUGAUGGACGUACUUACGGCGUAAAGGAUGUGAAAAAAUUGUCAAAGGCAAAAAAGACAUAAAAAUUCCCGCGAGAGCACUAACUGAGGACAACAAACACGGCGUUACCUAUUAAAAGACGGCUGUUUUCAUCGCCUCUGGACGACAUGGACGAGGAGGAAAAGAAAGCAGAGGAGAAGAGAAAGCAACUUGAGGAAGAAACGUUAGAUAUAGGAAGCUCUGGAUCAGUGGACGGCUUGGUUAAACAAAAGGAGGCGCCUGCUGACAGAAAGAGAAACCUUGUUUUUGACGAGGAAAGAUUUGAAGAUACUUUUCUGAAGUGUCUUAUUUGUCGUGAGAAUUUUGAUGACGACGAGAAAUCUCCCAAGAUGUUGCCUUGUCACCACACCUUCUGCCUUGAUUGUUUACGUCAGAUGUUCCGAGUAGAGGGAGAAUUUCGUCAGAAUUUAUCAUCAGCCUUUCGUCACAUGCCUAUGGCGGUAAAAAUUUGCUGUCCAUCAUGUCGAGAGGCCCUGAUAUUGUCAGAUGCGGAGAUUGUUCGCUUGCCAAACGACCACACAGUGUUAGAGCUGCUGACCUUCGUCAAGUCCACUGGGAAAAAAGAUGUACAGUAUUGUGUUAAACACAAAAUGCAGCCACUGAACUUUUUCUGUGAGCCUUGCAUUUUACCCGUGUGCUGUGACUGCACAGUGCUUGACCACAAAGAGAAAAAUGGCCACCGAGUGAUGAAUGUGGAUGAAGCGCUAGACAAAUAUACUCCUGUCUUAGACGAAACUCUGGCUGAUCUGCAAAGUGCAGAACAGACGUUACAGGAUAAACGGCAGUCCCUUGAGAAAGCAGCCGAUAACAUUGAACAAAUUCAGCGCGAAUUGGCUGUCCAAAUUCGUCAAACUUUCGAUCGUCUGCGGGACGCCAUUGAUGAACGAGAGAGGGAACUAUUCAAAAUGUCCGAAUCAGAAAUUGAUCGAAAGCGAAUGGAAAUUGAUGAACAACUGCAAAUUGUUCAAAGCAGGCAAGAAGCACUGAUGGCUGAAAAAGAAAAAUUGAAUAGUGCGCGGGACGACAAAAACAUUAGUGCCAUGUUUAGCAACCACCAGACUGCGCGGGAGACACUGGAGAAAAAAGUCCAUAUACCUGGCCCAUCUCCUUCAUCUAAAGAUUUCGCAGUUAGCUUUCAGUUCAACAGUCGACAGGAGAAUGUGAUUAAAGCUAGUAUCGCUGGCCUUGGAGACGUUUCUUUCAAACUGUCAUGAUUUAAUGGCGUGGAGUAUAAUGUGUGCUGGCAUUUGCCAAUGAAUGUGCAUUUCAAAAGAAAGUUAUGUGUCUUUUUCAUACAAGUGUUAUAACUACAAAUUGUAUUUGACAUUUUAAUGAUGAUUUAGGUUACUAUAUCUUAAGUUCGGAAAACAACUACAUUGAUUUAAUUUUGUUGUAAUGUAUUUCAUUAAUGUCCCGAACACAGAGCACUUUAAGCAAACUUCGCAUUCAUUUUCGACAAAACAAUAUUUCUAGCUUCCUGUAUCUGAAUUGCAAGAGUUUGGCGAUAUCUUCUUUUUUCUGUGUAUUUUGCAGUGGGAAAUGGUUUACAAUCAUACACAUAUAUUUCACGAACUUGUAAGUCCUAUACAUAACAUGUGAAAAUUACAUGUGAAUUACGUGUAUUUGCCAUCUAAACCACGUCUAGAAAACUUUAUAAAUAUCUUUGUAUUUUAUCAUAUUUCAACCUAGGUAUUGUUUUUUUUAUGUAAUAAAGUAUAUAACGAUGUAAAAAUAGAAUUGCCUUGAAUUCUACCGAUUACCGGAAAGUGACAACAUCGUUGUUACCGAAGAGCUGAUCAAAACUUCACAAAUACCUUUUUGAGUCUUCCAAUUACAAUUUUAAAUCAUUAUAUUGAUGAUGUCUUGCCAUUCAAAAAACAAAAACAAACAAACAUAAAACUAACAAAACGUUAUUGACUAAAUACUCGCUUGAAUUAUACAUCUUGGACACGACAGACUCUCCCACAUCAGUCGUGUAUCACGAUCUUUCCAUAAAACAAAAUCCAGAGGGAUAUGUUAUAAAAAAUGUAUGAUGAAUGUGAUGUAGUUUUUGCUAUAUCUGGGGAGAAACAACACUGCACCAUUUACCUGUGGUGUGUAAAUGUGUCGCUUGUUCUCAACGGAACGAUUUCCGUGCAAGAUGUCGGCAAUUGAAAGAUAAAUACACAUGAACGCGUUUCGGGAGAUGCAGGGUGAUAGAGGGACAGUUUUACGGUCGUCUUAAUGAUCUCACAGGGACAUAUUUCUUUAUGUGAUAUAAAAGUUGAUGCUCGUUAUUAUAUAUGUUAGAUCCGUUGUAUCUUUUUCUCAUUUGGUAACUUGACAUUACUUACCACUUUCUGUGGCGGAUAUUGUCGAUAAAGAAGACGCAUACUCUUCAGGAACACCUGGUUUUAUUCUCCUUUUUCACCAUUUUUGUUGUAUUUGAGUUUGAAUUUGCCUUGAUGGCAUUUUCUUUGUUGUUUUGUUUUAGUUUCUUACAUACACCGUACCUGUUUAUUGUACAACAGACAAGAUACACCGUACCUGUUUAUUGUACAACAGACAAGAUACACCGUACCUGUUUAUUGUACAACAGACAAGAUACACCGUACCUGUUUAUUGUACAACAGACUAGACACACCGUACCUGUUUAUUGUACAACAGACUAGACACACCGUACCUGUUUAUUGUACAACAGACUAGACACACCGUACCUGUUUAUUGUACAACAGACUAGACACACCGUACCUGUUUAUUGUACAACAGACUAGACACACCGUACCUGUUUAUUGUACAACAGACUAGACACACCGUACCUGUUUAUUGUACAACAGACUAGACACACCGUACCUGUUUAUUGUACAACAGACUAGACACACCGUACCUGUUUAUUGUACAACAGACUAGACACACCGUACCUGUUUAUUGUACAACAGACUAGACACACCGUACCUGUUUAUUGUACAACAGACUAGACACACCGUACCUAUUCUACAAAAGAUCAGAGGUUAUUCGUACUUGUUCACUUUAACACUGUCAUCAAUUAUCCGUGAAUGUAACUAGAAAUUAUUCUGGUUUAAGCUAUCUUUCCUUAUCCGGUAACCACAAAAACAAAACACUCUUAAGAAUUAUCGUUGUAGAAGUAACUCGCUGAAAAAAAAAGAAAAUGAUGUAUAUCGGUAGAAAUAGUUAUCGUUUUCAUUACACAGGUACGUUAUCAGACGGCUGGACGUCUACUAUGCAUGUUUGUGUAGUUAAUAAUAUAUAUAUAUAUAUAUAUAUUGUAACACUAGAUAUACGCUUUGUGGUUUUACACUAAAAUGAUAUCGAUGUAAUUUUAUUACUUUUUUCUUAUGCAUUGGUGAUAUAAAUAUACCAUUUUAAUGAUAUGAAUAUAUUAAUGUAUGCUCAGUAUCUUAUUAAUUAGUAACACUACUAUUA